UCCAGGGACUUCACCUGGGCUUGGGCAGAGGAUGCGGAGCGAUGGUUGGGGGCGUCCUGGUCAACUACUUUGGGGCGGCUUCCACAUUCAGAGGGAUCGGAAUGGCCUGUCUUGUGAUCCUCUUACUUUUCGCUUUGAUCCAGUGGCUGGCGGUUCCCGACGAGCAAGAAGAAAAGACCAUGCUGGCCGAAAGGAUCCCGGUGCCUUCCAGCCCGGUGCCCAUCGCCACGAUCGACCUGGUCCAGCAACAGACCGAAGACAUCCUGCCUCGGCCAGAGCCCCGGGUCCCCCCCAAGAAGACCAAGCACCAGGAGGAGCAGGAGGACGUGAACAAGCCCGCCUGGGGAGUCAGUUCUUCUCCGUGGGUGACUCUCGCUUACGCCAUCUACCAAAUCAAGGAGAUGGUGCAGCUCUCCAAGAGCAACCAGGCCUCCGAGAGCCAACCUCUGCAGCAAGCCAACAGUAGCCCUAGCAGUGAGCCAAGCAAUCCUUCCAACCAGUCUCUGGAUCUGAGAAACAGUGACGCCUCUGGAGACACUUCGGUACCUCCGGCCCCCCUCGACCCCCAGCCCAGCCCUGACUCCCCUACGCCCGACCCAGUUCCCUCGGACAGUAAAGCUCCGUCUCUGGCGGCUGAGCACUAAACUGAAUUUUCUGCAUCCCGCUGCUGUGUCGAAUCCUGCUCCUGGCCAGAGAGCCUGAAACCACGGCUCCCUUCAUCACGCCGGUAACCUGACACACUUUUAAAAUAUUCAAGGCCUUUUCUUGUGACAAAACCCGACCGGCCUGUUUUAGGGAGGGCCGAAAGCCAGAGAGGGCACAACGGACAAGACCGUGUUAUUAGUAACCAGCAACAGCCCUUCGAUAUUUCUCUUGACAGAUUUGUGACCCGUAUAGAAAGGCUGGGUCGGCCUAUAUCCCUGUGUCAGACAGAAGGUCGAUCUUGAUCUAUUUGACAUUUAAUUUGUCCUCUACAAAGGGGGAGGGGGAAUAAAAAUUUGAUUCACGUUUCCCAAGAGGAAGGUUGAAUUACAGUCACCCCUAGCUUGAUAAUGUUUUGUGUUAGUUACUGGGGGGGGAGGGGAAAUACGCUUUCCCCUCUUCUGUCUUAAGUUACAUAGGACGAGUACCGAUUUCUUUGUAAAAACCGGACAAACGGUUGAAACGUCCAAGAAAAAUACUAGCAAGCGCCUAAACGAGGGAGCAGGAUAGAAAUCUGUCUUUCAUAAAGACUUCUCGGAAAACCACGCACAGGUUUCGGCUUUUCGGUUAAGGUUUUCAGUUAAGCACGUGUCGGGAACUCCUCCAGCCAACGAAGUUGCUGUUAGACCUUUCCGCCUACUGGACUGAGGACCGUCAAGAAGGGCAGUUUUAGAAAGAAGAGCGUGAUCGAGUCGUGUAUCGAUGCACAUUUCUUUACUUAGGAGUGAGUAGUUUUAGGGGGAAGACUGUUUAAGCAGGGCACCCAGUGACAAGUGGGACUGUUUAGGCUUUCACAGGGGAUGCAGUAGCCCUAGUCCAGUGGGGAGGUUUCACCUACAGGAAGUCUCUCUCUCUCUCACUCUCUGAAGAGCUUCCCUUUUCCCUGUGGAAGUGAUAAUGGGCGCAGGGAAAGACCCCUCCUUCCCUGCAUUUUGGACUCUGCUAAUGCACUCUCAGACAGGUGAUCCAACAUGGUUUGUUUUUUGGGGGGGAGGGGGGGACUGUUGAGUCUGGGUCGCACAGGAGGCUUGCUGACAGCGCUGGUGGGAGAAAAGGGAGUCUCUAAUGCCCAGUGGGAGGUUCCUCGACCGAACGCCACUGAAGCCCAUCUCAUGAGGGGCCCACGGCUUGUAUCUUGCCGAGGUCUUUUCCCCACAGAAAGAGCCCCUUCCGUGGGGGAAGGCUUCCGACUUCGCUGGACAGAGUGGCAGGAUACAAGCCGACAAGGUUAUAAUUUUGGGACGUGGUAUAAAGUCGGUUAAUUUGGGGAAGCAUUUAAAAUCCACAUUAAUCCAUAAAUAAAGUGCCUGAGGGCCAAACGACUUCUAGAGGAGGGAGGGAGGGCACGGUUAAUUCAGAAACGAGAGCAGAGACACAGGUAUAAGGGAAACGGGCACACUACGUUUGGGGUGUUGUUGUACACUUUUGUGUUUUGUCAGACACUGGCAGGGUCGGGGUCUCGUGUGUUUCUCGGUGUUGGGCGAUCCUCGCUCACUUCUGCCGUUUGCAACUGUGAGCAAAAGUUAAGCUUGAAGCUAAAGUCCUUUAGGCCGAGGGGGGGGGCACAUAGA